UGACACAAAUUAGGAUAUCCAAAAUGACCUUUUUGCAGCCUGAACUCUGCGACUGACACUCUGUCGCCUAAGUUAUCUUAGAUUCGAUUCCCCACAACACCACGAGGACUGCAUCAUUUCGUUUCGUUUUCGCACUACAUGCCCGGCCUCUCACUCACUCGCUCGGCCCAACGCAUCCCAACUCCCUGCGGACGUCAGCCCUAAAUCAAUCGACAUGAUGUGCUCAAGACAAUCAUCACCACCGAGCACGCCGUGUCACAUCCACACAUAACCUCUACAAUCGACAAGACAAGACACACACCUGUCACUCUCCCAUGGCGCUGUGGCCUUUCCGGCGCAAGAGCCGGAGGAGAUGGGGCCGGGCCUCAACCUUCGCCGACGUCGAGGACGCGCGGGGGAGGAAGCCUGAGCAGAGUCUACCGCCCCGGAGUCAAACAGUUCCGGAUGCGACCGCCGAACCCAAUGUCGCGACUGGAUCCUGGUCAAAGAGGAGAAAUGGUACGGGGCCAAACAAGCUGCAAAGGCGAGCUCGGACCUACAGUUUCUCUCCUGGCCGGAAUGAUUCCAUCCGUGUUGGUCGCAAGAGAAGCGCGAGGGGGAAACAAAAGAUCGACCCGCCGGUUCCCUCUCUACCAGGGAUCAAUGUUGCCGGCAGCUCUGACCCUGGCAAAGGAGACGCUGCUGGUGGGAACGAAGGACAUGGAUGGCGCACCCUUGGCGAAGAUGUCUUCGCACGCGUUCCAACUCUGCAUAACAAGCGUGAUAGUGAGCAUCUAAUGCCAAGGAAGCUGUCGAGCAAGAAGCGCCGCAAAAACGAGCACGAUCGCGAGGCCGAGAUCAAGGCGAUGAGCAACUUUAUGCCCCUCCGUCCCGCGGCCGACGACUGGACUGCGGGCAGGCCCAUGAAGAAGGACAGCAAGAGAGCAAAAAAGGGACUUGGGCUCAGUUUCGGAGGUGCCGCCAAACAAGAAUGGCACAGGCUGAAUCGAUCUUCCGAUAUCUCCUUGCCCACGGCGGAAUCCAUCCACUCUAGCCUGUCCACCGACUCGGAAUACGUCUCUUACAAGGUAUCGGCCCUCGAAGCUCUCGUGCCGAGACCAACAUUACGCUAUGCAGUUUAUCCCAGAUGGGGUCCGCCCGCUGGCGAGUCCGGGUCUGGCCCGAUGAGGGUGCCCUCUCAACGGAGGAAGCUGUCGGAGAGAGUGCCGAUCCCAGAAGCGACACUCAGGGCUCAUAAACGUGUGGAUGACCUUGCCGACGAUCUCAGCGCUGGCGAUCUGCGGGAGCUGAUGGAACGCGAUCAAAGGCGAAGGGAAAGGAAGCGGCAGAGAGAUCAGGAAAGGAUGGAAAGGAGGCUCGCGACGCGAGCCGAAAAGCAGAGAGCGAACGAGUCCACAACCGGAGAGGCUCCGCCAAAUCUGGAGAGAGGCGUUCUCGGUCGGGAAGCAACCGGCUUAGGAAUCAAUCCACCAUCAGCAGUGGUAACCUCAUCUAGGCAGCGGCCACCAAAACAGUGGAGCACGCAGCCAGAUCUUACCACCGGUGAUGAGAUGGACCAGGACUCACAACACCAACCACUCGAUGCCUUCCACAGGACCACCAGUAUGCCUCUCGAGACACCCCUCUCACCGCCGCAGCUCGGGGAGCCUGUGCCACCAGUCACCCAAAGCUCGAAAGCUAGGCGCUUCUUGCGCUCCAAGAUGUCUCGCUCAAAAUCACCGCCAGCAACGGAGGACAAGGUGGAAGCAUCGGUGAACUCGAGGAAACGGUCUGGGAGCGGUGGUUCUAAAGGGCCGCUGUCGUGGUCUUCGAUCUUCCGAUGGGCCAACCGGAACAAACGAAGCUCUCAGGGUCCUUCCUCCUUCUCCAACACGUCGAGGGAUUCGAUGCAAACAAAUCAGCUUCCAACGCCUGCGCCAAACUCAACAAAUUCGGUGACUUAUGCUCCACACCUAACAUUAAGCAGGGGUGUUCCCAAGAGAACAACAUCACGCUUCCGCGAAGAUCUUCCUGAACUUCCCAUGUCACCUCCCGCUUCUAGGAGGCAAUCCCCCGAGGCGGAUCCUAUCCCCAUGACUAUCAUGGAAGCGUCUCCUGCUGUCGAGAGUCAAUCGGAAAACACGGCCUACGCAUCGUUGCCGGCAACACAGAAGACCAGGCAUGUCACCUCUAGAUCGUCAGGCUACAGAUCCAUCGAAGGGACGGGACAGACGCCGUCGACGACUUCAAGGCCCGACGAGGCUGACCCGUCUCCCGAACCCCAGUCCAUGUCCCUCGCAUCCAUAGAUUCUGAGGGGUCUUGGCUUUCGGGCCGACUGGGAGCAAGGCGACGCUCCUCUGGGAACCCCGAGGCGAUUUCCAUCCGUGUUCAGCAUCCCCAGCAAGAAGAGGGCAGUUCUAACAACAACUCGCCCUCAUAUGAGCACGACACUGCUGGCGAGGAUAUCUCUAUCGUGGACGACGAGUACCUUUCUAGAUUUGCGCGCUCAAGCCACGAACGGUCCGGUUGGAACCGCAAGUCUACCGGUGAGGCCCGUCCAUCGAGUGACGAGGGUGAGGAUGCUCGUUGGGGAGCAAUCGACGAAGACCAAUCCACUGUCGUCCGUGAGGAUGCCCGCUGGGGUGCAGUCAACGAACUCGUGCCCACUGUCAUCCAUCCUGCCAAUCGGAUGAAGAGUCGCGAGGUCAUCCUGAAGGACUCUGAAGUCGGCGACUUAGCUGGUGACGGCAACGACCCAGAAGAGGAAGGCUCGAGACUCCACAGGGCAACGAGCAUCAAUCUCGGCAAGGAUCACGCGCGCAGCUUCAGUGCCGGCAGCGCAAAGUUGCUUCAACUGAGCCCUCGGUCUUCGGUCGAUGAUAGGAGGACGAAUGCCGAACCAAAAUCUUGAAAAUAUCAGGAGAGCUCGGUCUGACGAAUUAAAACGAGCACGACGAAUCAAGACAUUGCGAGAGAAUAUGAGAAACGAUCCAUCCUCGAGAACCAACCACGCUCGUUUCAACUUUUCCUUUUUCUUUCCGUCGAAUUUGGACAACCAAAUCU